GGCUGGUACAGUAGUAGUAGUACAGUAGGAGUGCCAAGUUAGGACGGCCACAUUUCUCCAGGAGUUCCACCCACUCUGCAGCAGUAGCUUCCUGCUUUCAGUCACAUUUCCAAACACAAACUGUUGGUCUUAUCCGGAGAUGUCUUUGAGUGAGAAAAGUGUUGAGGAGAUCAGCGAGUUGCUUGCUGAGUAUGGCAUCAAACAUGGACCCAUAGUAGACUCUACUAGAAAGCUGUAUGAAAAGAAGCUUGAAAAGGCCAUGGAGGCCACUCCACUGCAAGCCUCGUCUGAUAAGACCUACUACAGAGAGGAAGAGGAGGAAGUCACCUACAUCACAUACCAGAGUCCUGUUAGACAUGAGCCUUAUGGGGAUGUGCUGAAACGAAGAGGCAACGCUGAGCCAGAAGAAAGACGAGGAAUCAGACCAAGAUCAGAAUCCAGGUCGCUUACAAAACAGCCAAUCCACAGCGCAAGCAGAAUCCAGGAACAGCCAGAAAGGGCUGGAGGCAGCAUGUGGAAAGCGAUUCGACUGCUUGUGCUGUUAGCUGUGUUAGCAGCCGUCCUCUACUAUGCCUACUGUCGUGUGAUUAACAAUGAAGAUCCUUUUGGGAUUCAAUGA